CGGCACUCGCGGAACUUUGGUGCCGCCGGACGCGUAGCGCGGGGACGCAGGCGCGCACGGCGACAGGAGUUGUUUCCGGCCCUUUUGGUGGUCUGGGUUGGGGUGCUGCGGCGAAGAGAAAAUGGAGACAAUUUUGGAGCAGCAGCGGCGCUAUCAUGAGGAGAAGGAACGGCUUAUGGACGUCAUGGCCAAAGAGAUGCUCACAAAGAAGUCCACGCUCCGGGACCAGAUCAAUUCUGACCACCGCACUCGAGCCAUGCAAGAUAGGUAUAUGGAGGUCAGUGGGAACCUGAGGGAUUUGUAUGACGAUAAGGAUGGGUUACGAAAGGAGGAGCUUAAUGCUAUUUCUGGACCCAAUGAGUUUGCUGAAUUCUAUAAUAGACUCAAGCAAAUAAAGGAAUUCCACAGGAAGCACCCAAAUGAGAUCUGUGUUCCAAUGUCAGUGGAAUUUGAGGAGCUCCUGAAGGCUCGAGAGAAUCCAAGUGAAGAGGCGCAAAACUUGGUGGAGUUCACGGAUGAAGAGGGAUAUGGUCGUUACCUUGAUCUCCAUGACUGUUACCUCAAGUACAUUAACCUGAAGGCAUCUGAGAAGCUAGAUUAUAUCACAUACCUGUCCAUCUUCGAUCAGUUAUUUGACAUUCCUAAAGAAAGGAAGAAUGCAGAGUAUAAAAGAUACCUAGAGAUGCUGCUUGAGUACCUUCAGGAUUACACAGAUAGAGUGAAGCCCCUCCAAGAUCAGAAUGAACUUUUUGGGAAGAUUCAGACUGAGUUUGAGAAGAAGUGGGACAAUGGUACCUUCCCUGGAUGGCCGAAAGAGACAAGCAGUGCCCUGACUCAUGCUGGAGCCCAUCUUGACCUCUCUGCAUUCUCCUCCUGGGAGGAGUUGGCCUCCCUGGGUCUGGACAGAUUGAAAUCUGCACUCUUAGCUUUAGGCCUGAAAUGUGGCGGGACUCUCGAAGAGCGAGCCCAGAGACUAUUCAGCACCAAAGGAAAGUCCCUGGAGUCACUUGACACUUCUCUGUUCGCCAAAAAUCCCAAAUCAAAGGGCACCAAGCGUGUGUGCAUCAAUGGCGACUCAACUAAGGCAGGGCUCAUCCUGGGUGAUGCUUAUUUGGGAUGUGGCUGUUGUGAGACAGGGAAAGAGGAACAGCGACAUCUUACACAUGAAAAUGUACAACGCAAGCAAGCAAGGACAGGAGAAGAGCGAGAAGAGGAGGAGGAAGAGCAGAUCAGUGAGAGUGAAAGUGAAGAUGAAGAGAAUGAGAUCAUUUACAACCCCAAAAACCUGCCCCUUGGCUGGGAUGGCAAACCCAUUCCCUACUGGCUGUAUAAGCUUCAUGGCCUAAACAUCAACUACAACUGUGAAAUCUGUGGAAACUACACCUACCGAGGACCCAAGGCCUUCCAACGGCACUUUGCUGAAUGGCGUCAUGCUCACGGCAUGAGAUGUUUGGGCAUCCCAAACACUGCCCACUUUGCUAAUGUGACACAGAUUGAAGAUGCUGUCUCCUUGUGGGCCAAGCUGAAACUGCAGAAGGCUUCAGAGCGAUGGCAGCCCGACACUGAGGAAGAAUAUGAAGACUCCAGUGGGAAUGUUGUGAAUAAGAAGACGUAUGAGGAUCUGAAAAGACAAGGACUGCUCUAGUGUUCAGGGAUGUAGCUCAUCUUUUGGGCUUGGCCAGGCUCCCCUGAGAUCUGCAUUUUCUAUUUCCUUCAACCAAAUGCUCAGAGACCCUUUACUAUGUAGUCUUAUGGUCUAGCAGCAUGCAUCUUGUAGAAACAAGGCAUGCUGACAAAAAGCAGGGUUGAGAUGUGUUUUAUCUUUGUUUUAUAUUAAAAAAGAUUCUGCCGGAAAAUAAAACCAUCCCUUGUUUUGAA